CAUCCCGCUAUGAGAUGAGAAUGAGUGACCACCUCCUCCAGCUACGGGACAACUUCACAGCAGCUGCCCUGGUUAACCUCACCAACUUGAAUCCACGUCCAUUUGGCUCAAGGGAAACAUUCACAUUUGUUCCCAAAAACACGGAACUGCAAAACGGGACAACGCUCUACUUCGCUCUCUGCGCCUACGAUAAACAGGAACAGUCAUCUGAAAUGUCUAAUGUGGCCAAGGUUUAUGUCUUUGUACCUGCACCUCUGGUUGAGCACGCAAAAGGCAGUAGUGUAUGGAAGUGUCCAUUUAUCUUUUCCUAGGCUGAUGUGAUCAUUGCUGAACCAAACUUCAAAUACAGAGAUGAACCAUACACCCUGCAGUAUGGUGGAUGUGGAGAGAAGGGACGGUACAUUCACUUCACACCAAACUUUAUCCUGGACAGCAGUCUGGUUUCAUUUUAUGGACCGAAAGAUCGAGUAUUUGUUCAUGAAUGGGCUCAUCUUCGGUGGGGAGUUUUCAAUGAAUAUAAUGAACUGGUGCCCUUCUAUUUAUUUAAUGGAAACAAUGAAGGAACGAGAUGUUCAAAAGAGAUUAGAGGACAGCUUGCUGAUUGCUCAGGCGGAUCCUGCUCAGCAUGUGAGACAGAUCCUAAGUCAGGACUGCCGAAAGGGAAUUGUGAAUUUUAUCCAGAUAGCAAACAGACUGCAUCCUCCUCAAUUAUGUUCAUACAGGCACUGUCAAAUGUGACUGAAUUCUGUGACGAUAAGACUCACAAUCCUGACGCACCGAACAUGCAAAACAAAAUGUGCAACUUCAGGAGCACUUGGGAUGUAAUCAGAGAGUCGGAGGAUUUCAGAAACAAUCCCUCACCCUACAGUGGUUCAGUGAUACCGACCUUUACACUGCUACAGGCCAAACACCGUGCGCUGUGCUUAGUCCUUGAUGUCUCUGGGAGCAUGGACUCGGGGAAUCGUAUUAACAGACUCCGACAAGCUGCCGAGAUAUUCUUACUUCAGAUCAUUGAAGCAAAAUCACAAGUUGGAAUAGUCACUUUUAACAAUACUGCAACUAUUCAAUCACAUUUGAAAGUGAUUGAAAAUAAAGAUGUGAGGAAUCAACUUGUCCAAAUGCUACCUACAACAGCUAAUGGAGGGACAAAUAUCUGCGCAGGAAUCCAGGCUGGUUUUCAGGUACUUGGUGAUGAUGACGGUGCUACAAAUGGUGAUGAAAUCGUUUUGCUGACUGAUGGGGAGGACAGUGGGAUAAGCAGUUGUUUCUCGGAGGUGGAACAAAGUGGUGCAGUAAUCCACACGAUAGCAUUAGGACCAAAGGCAGCCAAAGAGCUGGAACAGAUGUCAACACUGACAGGGGGUCGACAGUUUGCAGCCACUGAUAAAGUGGAUGCAACUGGAUUAAGCGAUGCCUUCUCUUCAAUAGUAUCAGGAAAUGGUGACAUUAGUCAACAGUUAGUUCAG